CAAAACAUUGAUGACGAGAUGACGUGGGCGCUAAAAUAACACACACCGUGAGUCAUUUCAGCAUCUAGGGACACGUCAGUGCCAAUACGCACAUUUGGAGGGAAGAUGGCGGUAUUCAGGCGACACUGAAGGUCUGAAGAAACAUUUGAGACGAAGAAACUCGGAGUGUACAACGUCAAGAUGUUGGGAGAGACGCAGUUACUUCUCACCUUAACAGGUGUGGCGUUGUACCUAUUUCACCACAGAAGACACCUGCCGAGACUCAUAUGGCGGUCGUACGUGCUCUUACUGUCCGGUAUCGGUACGGUUCUCCUGCUUAAGGACACCUCUAAAGUCUUGUGUUUCCUAGCAUGGCUGCUUUUCGUCUGUCUGCACUAUUUCAAGGAGCUACAAAAGGGCAACGAGAGCGAGUGUUGUAUCUGUCUUGAGGACUUAAAGGCUUCGUGUCCUUACGAAUGUACAAGAUGUAAGAAGGCUACUCACGCCAAGUGUGUUGUUGACUACCUGGAGCAGAGUGGGGACAGGUCCUUUCGUUGUCCUUUCUGCCGCAAGGAUAUGAAAGUAAACAAAGAGCAGCUGAAAAUGGCCAUUGAGAACUUUCACAGGUUGUUGGGAAAUACAGAGGCAAGUGAAGAACAGGAGACAGAAGAAAGUACAACCAGUGACGCUAGGAAGAAGAGGGACUUAGAGUUAUCAUGGGAGGAUCAAGUUGAAGAUGAAAUAACAGAGAAUCCAGAGCCGAGCUUGUUGCCAGGGCAACACGAGCCCCGCCCAGUAACCCGGCCAUCUGUAGUGACGGCUACAAAAACUGUCACAAUUGUCAGCCUCAUGGUCACAUUCCACGGGUCGUACCAACUCUUCCGGGACAGCUACCGCGUACUUCCCGCAGACCUGAAGAAGUUUGUAAAAGUGUUUCUCGAAGAUUCCAAGAUGUUUAUCCGUGGCCCAGUGAUGAUGUGUGCGCAAAAGUUGUACAACGGAGUUACAGUUGCUGUCAUGUUCCUGUAUAACAGUGUGUUCAACUCAUCAGGCAGGGUGAAGAGGUUGGUCUAUGGGGCCUUGCAGAAAGUGAUGACACUUGGCACACAUAUCUGGAACAGUCCUGCUAUGGCCAUGGUUAGACAAGGCACCAUGAGUGCUGCGAACUAUCUCAUUUAUACAUUCCCCGCACACGCCUUCAAUUUCACCAUGGGAGCAUACGGCAUCGGAAAGGAGUUGGCGCACAGAAUCUGGCACUCGCGCUUCAUGACUGAACUGCGUGAAGACAUCACUGUCUUGUCGUACUUCAUCUUCGUAACUCUCCCCGUCUUCUUUAAAGACGUGGCAGUGUCUGUGUGGUACUCCAGACCCAUGGAACUUGCCAGACAGAGGAGUGUGGAAGGACUGUUGUUUACCUUUAACACUUUCCCAAAGCUAGUUGCACAUACCUUUUACAUGAUGUUUGUGGGGUUGGGGGAAGCUGCCAUUGCAAUAUGGUACUCACAACUUGCAUGUACCACCAGGAAUGUGUGCUAUAAGAUUGCUAUCAAGGGAAUGCAAUGCGUAGAGAUCACAGCUGACCACACCAAGCAGGCCAGUGUAGUGGCAGUGAAACUUCUGUGCAGUGCCUUAGAGUUCCUAUUCUUCACACUCCCUACAACUGUAUACUACUCUCCUGCAGCCAGUGCCUUCAGAGACUUUGUAAGAGUGUCAAGCGUUUUUACCUACAGUAAUGUAGUAGUGCCUUCAGCCAAGCUGUUGUGCAACAUAUACUGGCUAACUUGUACAAUUUUGUAUGAGACUGUGGUGUUUGUAUAUAAGGUAAUGAUGAUGGUUGUUUUGUCUCUCUACAAAUUUCUGUACUGGCUGUUUGUAAUCAAAGUGCCUGAGUUUCUCAAAAUGGUUUUCUCAUCCAUGCGCCUACUGUGGUCCUACACAUCCUUUGUUCUGAGGGAAUGGUGGACCUCAUUGCUAAACUCGUGGGUGGGACUCGCAGCUGCAAACGCUGCCCAGUCACUGAAGAAGGCAACUAUCAGUGGUUACGGAGCGAUUCUUCAUCUUCUGUCAGUGGCAAGGAUUGCAGCCGUUGCCGGCUUUAACAGAUCAUUGUAUCUCAGUAGAGCCACCUUCCAGAAGAUGAAGGAACUGCUUCUCACCUGUAGAGUUGCCAUGGCAACUGCAUAUGCUAACUUCAUGCAGAGCCACUUUGUCCAACAGGUUGUUAUACCGAGUAUUGUGUAUGCAGGAGUUAAGAGUAGGGAAAUAGCUCAGAGCAUGCAGCAUUACUUGCAAGUUCAAGGGCAAAAAACAAAGGAGUUAAUGUUAGAUUCAUUUUGGGCGGCAUAUAAUUAUGACUACAGGGGUGUGUUGUAUAUGUACACGGAUGCUCUUUGGGAUAUCAUGGGGAGGGUGCUGUAUAGAGAUCCAAACGCUGUUAAAGCAUAAGUUUAUGUGUACAUAUCAAGUUUUGUAACACAAAUUGGACUUAUGGUAGCACUUUGAUGUUUUCCAGGAUGUUGUACAUACUUUUUGAACAGUUGAGUGUUCACUUGUGCAGCCUGAGUUGUGUACCAUCACAGCAAUGGUUUGAGAUUUAUAUAGCGUUAUACUAUAGUAGAAAACUUAUGAAGUGCCUGUGUAAGAUACUCAUCAUGUAUUGUUGUGUGUAGUCUUAAGAGAGAAAUAUGAAGAAAGCAUGUACUAUUAUAGAGAUGUUCUUGACUAAGGAACAUAAACUGUAACAAGUGAGAAUGCACAAGCAGGGUAAAGAAAUGCAGGGCACAAUUUUUUCCAUAUGGCAGAUGAUUCUUGACUAGUUUUUCGUCUGCCAUUGUGCAACUUUUGAGUAUUUGUCAUAAAAACGGAAAGUAACAUAUACAUGUAUGUCUGAUGCUUCACACUUUACAGCAAUCAAACUUCAUUUUGUUUACCUAUGACACACAUACUGGUAGUUUACAAGUGUAUAUGUUCAUAUCUAUGUAAUGCAUUAUGCAACCUGAGAAUAAAGAUAAC